AUGCAUAUGUUUCAUAAUGCAUAUGUUUCAGUAGGCCUAACCUCUACCACCAGUAAUACAGAUGUUUCAGUAGGCCUAACUUCUACCACCAGUAAUACAGAUGUUUCAGUUGGCCUAACCUCUACCACCAGUAAUACAGAUGUUUCAGUUGGCCUAACCUCUACCACCAGUAAUGCAUAUGUUUCAGUAGGCCUAACUUCUACCACCAGUAAUACAGAUGUUUCAGUUGGCCUACCUUCUUCCACCAGUAAUACAGAUGUUUCAGUUGGCCUAACCUCUACCACCAGUAAUACAGAUGUUUCAGUUGGCCUACCUUCUACCACCAGUAAUACAGAUGUUUCAGUUGGCCUAACCACUACCACCAGUAAUACAGAUGUUUCAGUUGGCCUAACCUCUACCACCAGUAAUACAACAGCAUGUUUAAUUGGGCCUAACCUCUACCACCAUAAUGCAUAUGUUUCAGUAGGCCUAACUUCUACCACCAGUAAUACAGAUGUUUCAGUUGGCCUAACCUCUACCACCAGUAAUACAGAUGUUUCAGUUGGCCUAACCUCUACCACCAGUAAUACAGAUGUUUCAGUUGGCCUAACCUCUACCACCAGUAAUGCAUAUGUUUCAGUAGGCCUAACUUCUACCACCAGUAAUACAGAUGUUUCAGUUGGCCUACCUUCUACCACCAGUAAUACAGAUGUUUCAGUUGGCCUACCUUCUACCACCAGUAAUACAGAUGUUUCAGUUGGCCUAACCUCUACCACCAGUAAUACAGAUGUUUCAGUUGGCCUACCUUCUACCACCAGUAAUACAGAUGUUUCAGUUGGCCUACCUUCUACCACCAGUAAUACAGAUGUUUCAGUUGGCCUACUUUCUUCCACCAGUAAUACAGAUGUUUCAGUUGGCCUACCUUCUACCACCAGUAAUACAGAUGUUUCAGUUGGCCUACCUUCUACCACCAGUAAUACAGAUGUUUCAGUUGGCCUAACCCCUACCACCAGUAAUACAGAUGUUUCAGUUGGCCUAACCUCUACCACCAGUAAUACAGAUGUUUCAGUUGGCCUACCUUCUACCACUAGUUACUAG